CUUUAACAAGAUUCAUUAGAAGAAUUUUUUAUAAUCUUUAAUUUAACAAGAUAUUUAGUUUAGCUAAUUAUUAUAAAUUCAAUCUAAUAGUAAACUUAAAUUCAAAUUAAAAUGGAAUUGCAAGAUAUUUUGUUUUUCACCAUUUCUUUCGUACUAAUUGGUGUGUCAUAUUAUUUCUUCUUUAUGAAGAACUCAACAACAAACAAAACAAAAACUGAAGACAAGGUUCAGAAUUAGCAAGCUUAAAAUGUAUAAAAUUAGCAGUAGGUGAAUUAGCCAGCAGCAAACCAAAGAUAAGAAAAUACAAGAAACAGGAGGGUAAAUUUGCAAAAAGAAGAUAGUGAUAAUGAAGAAGGUGAAUAAAAUUCUGAUUCUGAAGAAGAAAAAGAUGAUGGUGAUGAUGAUGAUUCCAAUUAAACAAGAACUUAAAGAGAACUUGCAAGGGAAGCAAAGAAAUAAUAAAAAAGAUAAUAAAGAGAAGCUAUGCAAUAAUAUUAUGAGUAAAGGGAAUAAAGAGAUAAUCAAAAGAAAUCUAAGUAUGAAGAAAGGGAUAGGUUAAGAGAGUUAGAAGAACAAAAAAAGGAGGAGGAAUAAAGAAAGUAAGAAGAACUUUAAAGAAUUAAAGAAUAAGAAGAAUUUGAAAAUUGGAAGAAAUUCAUGGAAGUUGAAGAAAGUGGAUAAGAAAAAAUGAGUGCUGAAGAAGAAGAGAGAUAUUAUAGAGAAUUAAAUGAGAAGAUUACUAAUUACAUUAAACUAAGAAAAGUUGUUGUUUUGGAAGAAAUGACUGGAGAAUUCAAAAUUACUACCUAAGAAGUCAUAGAUAGAAUCAAAUCAUUAGAAAUAAAUAAGUAAAUUAAUGGUAUUAUAGAUGAAAGAGGAAAGUACAUUUAUAUAACUCCCACAGAAUUAGAAAGUGUUAAAAACUACAUCAUUAGUAAAGGAAGAGUCAGCCGUUCAGAUUUAAUUGCUGAAUGCAACAGAUUAAUUAAGCUCGAUCCUUCACAAUAAGAUAAAGAAAAAAUCUUUAAAGAAGAAAAUGAGCUAUUAUAAGAAGUUAAUAAGUAAUUUGAAUAGCUUAAAUAAGAAUAAAAUUGA